GCCAGUGCUGAUAAAACGCUUUGGUUAUUGUUAUUAACAGAUCUGCAGGUACCCCUGCGACCGGUUAAUCUCACGACGGCGGAUCUGCCGCUGGGGACUGUCGUGCUCUCACUUGGGGCAUCGCACGACGUGCCUCCUCUGCCCGGAUCAUUCGUUUGUCGCAAUUUCCUCCUCUCUGUCAUUUCACAUAUGUCCUGAUCCAUGGCGUUCGCCUAUCUGUCUCGUCGCCGCUCAUCCACGAUCGCUCUUGUGGUGAGCAUACGAACGUCUCCAUCGCUCCUCUGAUCCGCGCAAAUAUGGCCUCUAUUCUCAUGCGCGCUCUCGUCUGUGUGUUCCUGAUACCUACGCUUAUUGCUGCAAGCUCGUCUGGCACUUUUGAGAUAGACCUCAUCUUUCCACGAAACGGGACAUGGGCACCUGCGGACGCCAUGCCCAUUGUGUUCGCCAUACAGCGCCCUGAUCUAGCCCCGUCGCUGGCAGUCGACAUCAUCUCCUGGACACUUCAACAACGCGGAACUCAAAAUCGACAAACGGGCGACGUCGUUCUGCUGGGCUUUGAAGGAAGCUCUAACAAAACGUACUUCGUCCAACGGGCGGUCAGCAAUACAAGCAAUAUCGAAGGCACCUGGUAUUUCUCAUGGGAGUUCCUUGCAGGAAAUUGCACGUCGUCCACGAACCCACGCUACUCUUCUUACGCCGACCCGAGCUCCUUCGUUUAUACAUCGCACGGCUCAAUUAGCGAGUUCAGCACCAGUAGAUCUGCGCCGAGCGCAAACUGGACAUCGCUCACCUCUGCGCAGAGCUGCGGCGGCUCCGACGGCAUCGCGUUUGCGGUGAAUGACGUCCUGCAGGUCUCAAAGUACUCAGGAUGGAGGGGAUUCAACGCAUCCUGUGCCGUGUACGGUCCGACGAAGACGACGCCUAAUCCAUGCGCAGUCACAAUCGAUGCUGCAGCUGCGUCGAGUGUCUCGGCUGGCUUGAAAUAUCAGGCAUGCCUGAACGAAGUCGACGUAACGGAGAUUGGAAAAUGUCCUAGGCCUACUAUGCCUUCGAGCGGCAACCACGUGUUAGUGUCAUGGCCGUUGGUCGCUAUCAUUGUUGUGAUCAGCUUCGCAAUUCUUUAGUGUCAGAGCAGAUGUCAUCACAGCAGAUGUCAUGCUUGGACGUGCUACUGCCAUACUCGUCUGAAUUUUCUAAAAACAUACAUACAGCUCGCCAUCUUUAUGGUCAUGUACAUCCCGCACCGUGGAGUCUGUAAUCCUCCCUUUCACUGAGCAG